GCGCUACUUACAUAUACGCGGUGACAUACUUCGUGCGGCGCAAAUGCGACCGCCUGCGCGCUUCCUUUCCUGGUGUCUACCGUGCAGUGAAAGUUGUGAAUCAAGCUUGGUGUUGUGCUCUCAUUUCUUUGAAGAAUUAAAAAAAUAAAUGUCAGGGUAUUAAACACUCUCCGUGUCUAGGUGAAGUUCAUUUGCGUGCGUACAUAACGAUCACGCUGUGUCUUGGAGUUUGGCCCUAAGCAAACAGUGCCAAAAUCAGUUAAAAUUUAAGUCACUUGCUUCUUAUCGAUUACCGGACACCCAAGGGAAACGUGUCUUUUCAAAGCUAAAAGCGGAGAUUAUACUAUCAAACGGCAUACGCGCAGCCAACCGUACCCGCGCAAUGUAAUGUUUACGCACGUGCACAAUGCGCAAACCAUCGCUCUCUCUCUCUCCACUGACCGGAUAGACACUGACGUGUACUUUUGAGGGGAGUUUUUACAUCUUUUUCUUCGACUUGGAACGUGGAGUCGUUUGGCACAAGCUGCAUUCAUACAGCGGCUGUAGCGCUUGGCGUGAGAAAAGCAGACUAAAUCGUGUGGAGAAAUUAUUGCAAAACGCCUAAAUUGUGCGCUAGAAAGUGAUUUGAGGGAAUGAUAAGCGAACUAAGAGAUUCAUGAUAAUCCUAUUGAAACGCUCCUAAACUUCAAUCCUGUGAUGCAGUCAACCAAACGUUUGCCCAACCACACCGAAAUGGGAGAAAAACUGUCCCCCUCACCAUCGGCACCAGCCGUCGAUACGUCCAGCACACCCAAGCACAACGCCGAAGCAGCGGCCAAAGAAAGGCCGAAAAAGCGCCACAACAGCAAGGAAGAGAAGCAAGCCGCGGCUGCCGAUGCGUCACCGCCGAGGCACAACGCCAAAGGAACAGAUGCAGCGUCCAAAGAAAAGCCGAAACAGCGCCGCAACAGCAAGGAAGAGAAGCAAUCCCUCGCACAGCCCGAGCAGCAGCUCGCAAAUCGCAAAUCCAUCCUCAUGGCGUACGCCCUCUGGCUGGUCGGUGGUGUGUUCGGGGUGCAUCACUUCUAUCUGCGGCAGGAUCGGCGUGCCUUCGUCUGGUGGUGUACGUUCGGGUAUGCCGGCAUCGGCUGGCUGGCGGACGUGCUGCAGAUCCCGUCGAUGGUGCGCGAUGUCAACAACGAUCCACGGUUCGUGGAGGAGUUCAAUGCGAAGCUGCGCACGAACCGGAAGCCCCCGUUUUCCACCGGCCGGUUUCUGCUGGCGAUCAUGAUCGGCUACUUUUGGGGCCAGCUGAUCAGCUUGGCGAUCCCGCAGACCGAGUUUGUCGGCGUCGAUUGGGGCUUUCUUCACUGGCUGAUCCCGUUCGGUGUGGCGUUGGGUGUCUGGACGGUGGGCAAUACGGGGCGUGAGAAGGGUGUCCUGUGGCACUGUCUGGUAGCGUCCUACGUGUCCUAUCUUUCGCGCUACUUCAUCAUGGAGGAAGAGUACUGGUUCACGAUAAUGUCGUUCUGCAGCGCGCUCGCGUUCGACAACCUCUCCAAGGAGUGGAACCUGGAGGUGCCCAAGAAAAAACGACUUGUACGACGACUGGCAGUGCUGACCACGGCAGCAGUUAUCUAUCUGGCCCUGUGGGGCUGCUUCCUCUACUUCAACGGUACGAUCACGGACAGCGAGGGUGACGAGGUCCCAGUGCACGAGGCACUGUACAACUUCCUCAAAUCACCGUGGUGGACGGACCUGAAGCAGACGCUCCACGACACUUACCAGUUCGCGAAGCAUCACGGCUGGGCCGAGGUUUGGAAACAAAUCGUCGACUCGAUGGAUGUGGACGGCGAGCAGAACGCGUACAAGGUGCUGGGCAUUAGUGCGACCGCUUCGCAGGUGGAAAUCAAAACGCUCUGCCGCAACCUGUCGAAGGAAACGCACCCGGACAAGGUGAAGGACAAGAGCCGGCUCCGGGCGGCCGAGGAACGGUUCAUGGAGAUACAGCAGGCGUGCGAGGCGCUCAGCAAGACGCGCCGGAAGCGCCGCCAGCGCAACAAAAAGUCUGAUGAGCUGUAAAAGAAGCAGAGUGAGAGAGAGAGAGAGAGAGAGAGAGAGAGAGAGAGAGAGAGAAGAAAGUUUAGCGAAGUUGAUCAGUUUCAGAGAUGUACUUAGGCAGGUAAAAGAAGGAUGGUAGAGUAGAAUUAAUUUUAACCUCACCCUGUUACGUAGAAUGUGUCCGAACCGAAGAAUAAAAGGAAUAUCUUAUUUAUGGA